UAGUUCCUUUGUCUUAAGAACAUCCGAACCUUCCUGUCUACCUGCUGUGAGAAGUUCGGCCUCAAGCGCAGCGAACUCUUUGAGGCCUUUGAUCUCUUUGAUGUACAGGAUUUUGGAAAGGUCAUCUACACCCUGUCUGCUCUGUCAUGGACGCCCAUCGCCCAGAACAAAGGAAUCAUGCCCUUCCCAACAGACGACACCACCAUGGGCGACGAAGAUAUCUACAGUGGCCUUUCAGACCAGAUUGAUGAUACUGCGGAGGAAGAUGAGGACCUUUAUGACUGCGUGGAGAAUGAGGAGGCAGAGGGGGAUGAGAUCUAUGAGGACCUCAUGCGUUCAGAGACGGUGCCUACGCCGCCCAAGAUGACAGAGUAUGACAAGCGCUGCUGCUGCCUGCGUGAGAUCCAACAGACGGAGGAGAAGUAUACAGACACGCUGGGCUCCAUCCACCAGCACUUCAUGAAGCCCUUACAGAGAUUCCUCAAGCCUCAAGACAUAGAGACCAUCUUCGUCAACAUCGAGGAGCUGCUCUCCGUGCACACCCACUUCCUGAAGGAGCUGAAGGAUGCCCUGGCUGCCCCAGGAGCAACCAUGCUGUACCAGGUCUUCAUCAAGUAUAAGGAGAGGUUCCUUGUUUAUGGCCGUUACUGCAGUCAGGUGGAGUCGGCCAGCAAGCGCUUGGAUCAAGUGGCCACAGCGAGGGAGGAUGUGCAGAUGAAGCUGGAGGAAUGUUCUCAAAGAGCCAACAACGGCCGAUUCACCCUGCGGGAUUUACUGAUGGUGCCCAUGCAGCGGGUGCUGAAAUACCACCUCCUCCUCCAGGAGCUAGUGAAACACACGCAGGAUGCCACGGAAAAGGAGAACCUGCGGUUGGCUUUGGAUGCCAUGAGGGACCUGGCACAGUGUGUGAAUGAGGUCAAGAGGGACAACGAGACCCUGCGGCAGAUCACGAACUUCCAGCUGUCCAUCGAGAACCUGGACCAGUCUCUGGCCAACUAUGGCCGGCCUAAGAUUGACGGUGAGCUCAAGAUUGCCUCAGUGGAACGUCGGUCCAAGACGGACAGGUAUGCCUUCCUGCUGGACAAAGCGCUGCUUAUCUGUAAGCGCCGUGGGGACUCCUAUGACCUCAAGGCUUCGGUGAACCUGCACAGCUUCCAAGUUCGGGAUGACUCCUCUGGGGAGCGAGACAACAAGAAGUGGAGCCACAUGUUCCUUCUCAUUGAGGAUCAAGGUGCCCAGGGCUAUGAGCUGUUCUUCAAGACUCGGGAGCUGAAGAAGAAGUGGAUGGAACAGUUUGAAAUGGCCAUCUCCAACAUUUACCCAGAGAAUGCCACAGCUAAUGGGCAUGACUUUCAGAUGUUCUCCUUUGAGGAGACCACUUCCUGCAAGGCUUGCCAGAUGUUACUCAGAGGCACAUUCUACCAGGGAUAUCGCUGUCAUAGGUGCAGGGCACCUGCACACAAGGAGUGUCUGGGGAGAGUGCCUCCAUGUGGCCGCCAUGGGCAAGAUUUCUCAGGAACUAUGAAGAAGGACAAGCUACAUCGAAGGGCCCAGGAAAAGAAAAGGAACGAACUGGGUCUGCCUAAGAUGGAAGUGUUUCAGGAGUACUAUGGGAUCCCUCCCCCACCUGGAGCCUUUGGAGUAUUUUUGCGGCUCAACCUUGGGGACAUUGUGGAGCUCACUAAGGCAGAGGCUGAACACAACUGGUGGGAGGGAAGAAAUACUGCUACUAAUGAUGUCGGCUGGUUCCCCUGUAGCAGAGUGCGUCCCUACGUCCACGGUCCUCCUCAGGACUUGUCUGUGCAUCUCUGGUGA